AUGUUGUUCUCCUCUGCUGUGCAGCCCUCGAUCGUGUCUCUAUUCUCGUCUACGGGAUCUGAUCCUUUAUUCCUCUUCAACUCGUCUUCUGAUCAGUCUUUACCCUCGGACUCCUUCGUCCAUCUCCUUCAUGACAAGCAGUCAGAACCUUUACCUCCGGAUCCUCAUUCAUUGUUGCGGCCUCCAGAAAUCAAUGAGAAAGGCGAGGAUGGGUCAGAAAGCUACGGAUACGAGCUUGAUCAAACUGUGCUGCACAUUCAGUCACCAACCAUUGGGACGACCUACAUCCAAUGUCCACCGAAUGGUGGCACCGUCGCCUUACCUGAUAGGCCUGACGCUGUGUUGGGGAUCAAGCACCCAUGGAUGCACCUCCAGGGCGAGCGCGAUGAUCAAGAUGACGACGAAUCCGAAAGCAAAGAACCGGCCGCUAGUCCCAGCUCCAGCUUCGCGGCUGUGCGGAGACAGUGGGGCAGCAGCUCGCAUCCGCCGCAUCCGACUGGUGCGAUCCCGGCCGCCAUCCCCACUGGAAAGUACUCGCAUGUGUCGUACGUGCGCGUGUACGCCAACUGCCGCCUCAGGAGGAUCUGGUUUGCAGAUAGCCCGGCCCACCAGAAGGUUCCAUGGGAGUUUGAGCUGUAUUCAUCUGAUUGA